AUGAAAAAAUACUACCUGGUAAGGCAGAAAUUGGAAGUGUUGUUGGAUGCUGCUGACAGUGACGGAGCUGACGAGGAUGCCAAGGAGUCAGAAGCUGCUAAGAAACGAAGGUUGCAGAGACAGGCUGCGGAGCGUGAAGCGAAGUUCGACGAAGAAACGCUAGAAGUCGAAGAGCAGUACUGUAUACUGAAGUCAGCCCUCCUUGCUCUGCGUCCGAAGAAGAUUGAGUCUUUGAGUUCUUCUGGAUCUGCUGAUAGAGUUGACACGAUGUCGCGUGUCAAGUUACCGGACAUAAAGCUGCCUGGUUUCAAUGGGAAACUUCGGGAUUGGAUUCCGUUUCGUGACAUGUUCUCCAGCUUGAUUCAUAACAACGAACAGCCAUCGGACAUCGACAAAUUUACAUACCUACGGUCAGCGAUAAGCGGAGAAGCGCUUCAGGAGAUCAGCUCCAUAGAACUGUCCGCCGAUAAUUACCAGGUAGCCUGCGACAUGUUGGAGAAGAGGUACGAGAACAAAAAGUUGAUCGUGAAGGCGUAUUUGGACGCACUUUUUGGAAUUGAACCUCUGAAGAAGGAAAGCGGCGAAGCUUUAAAUCACCUGGUCAGUGAUUUCGAUCGGAAUAUCCAAAUGCUGGGCAAGAUAGGAGAGGACACCGAUAAGUGGUCGGCGCUGUUGGCAUACAUGUUGUGCACUCGUCUGGAUUCAAUCACGCUUCGUCAGUGGGAGAGUCACCAUAAUUCAAAGGAUGUCCCGACGUACCAGAAGGUGAUGGACUUUCUGAGGGAUCAGGCAUUGGUUCUGCAAUCGAUAGCACCGAGUAGGUCAGAAGACAUCGAAAGUCGUCGCUAUCGUACAACCGUUCACACCACAUCGAGAAUCCAGAACAACUGUGUGUUCUGUGGCAAUUCGUUCCAUCCAGCAUCAACGUGCAGCAAGUUCAGAGCGAUGUCAGUACCCCAGCGCUUUGAAGUGGUCAAGAUGAAGCGGCUCUGCAUCAAUUGUUUGGGUUCCGGUCAUUUUGCGGAUCGUUGUAGCAGAGGACCAUGUCUGUUGAAACCGGAAAAUAAAACUACAAAGCCCCUCGUAGUGCUUGAUGCAUCGCGUCGCACCUCAACGGUCGUUUCGUCUAACGAUGCAUUGAUGGUGAGACCUACUAUGCGGAACGAUUUGUUGACGAGCAUCUUGCGCUUCUGUUUGCACCGAUACUUCAUCAGUGCCGACGUCGAAGAUUGUACAGGAUGGUACAAGUUCAACAACCGGAUCAGCAUCUUCAGCAAAUUUCGUGUCGAGAUUCAUCAAUGA